GGGAAGGGAGGGAGGGAGACAGACAGAGGGAGUGCGGGUCAUCGCCACUGACAGGACUUCCCGAACAAAACCGCAUAUGAAUCAGACACAGAUUUUGCACAGCCAAGUAAUAACAAGGAGAAAGCCAUCAAUUAAAAAGGCAAUGCUGCAAGAAGUUGUAUAGGUUUUUAAGGGUAUGGACUGAAACCAAAACUGUCUGCAUAUGUACUGACAAAUGGACAUUACAAAGGGUGAUCCAUACACCUUGUAUUGAUUUCCCCACCCCACCUCUGAAGAGUUUUAAAAAUGACUGAUUGAAAGCCUGGCGACCAAAACAAGUUCUGCUGUGGGUCAGGUAGCAUAUCCACAUGAUCACAUGACUCUUGAUAUGGACGCAGUCCUGUCAGACUUUGUUCGGUCCACAGGGGCAGAACCUGGUCUGGCAAGAGACCUGCUGGAAGGAAAAAACUGGGAUCUGAGCGCUGCUCUAAACGACUUUGAACAACUUCGACAAGUUCACACCGGGAACCUGCCUCAGGUGUUCAAUGAAGGAAGCUUCUACAAGCAACAUGAAAAAGAACCAUCCAACCAGGUGACCAGGUGUGAGCGACCUUGUGUGCAAAGACCAGAUGACCUUGCUCAAGAGAAACGCCUUUCUCGAGGAAUCUCUCAUGCGAGUUCAGCCAUUGUCUCACUUGCUCGAUCACACGUAGCAAAUGAAUGUAGCAAUGAGCAGUUCCCGUUAGAGAUGCCCAUUUAUACUUUCCAACUACCUGACUUAAAUGUGUACAGCGAAGACUUUCGAAGCUUCAUUGAAAGGGAUUUGAUUGAACAGUCCACCAUGAUUGCGUUGGAACAAGCAGGUCGGCUAAAUUGGUGGUCAGUUGCUUGUUCAAGUUGCAAACGCCUUCUGCCAUUGGCAACAACAGGAGAUGGAAACUGCCUGUUACAUGCAGCUUCUUUAGGAAUGUGGGGUUUCCAUGAUCGAGAUCUAGUGCUUCGAAAAGCUCUUUAUGCAAUGAUGAAAAAGGGCACAGAACGAGAUGCUUUGAAGAGAAGAUGGAGAUGGCAGCAGACCCAGCAAAACAAAGAGUCUGGUUUGGUUUACACUGAAGAGGAAUGGGAACGGGAAUGGAAUGAGCUGCUUAAAUUAGCAUCAAGUGAACCUCGAACGCAUUACAGUAAAAAUCCAGGCACCUGUGGUGGUGUUGACAACUCUGAAGAUCCAGUUUAUGAAAGUUUAGAGGAGUUCCAUGUAUUUGUUUUGGCUCAUAUAUUACGAAGACCAAUUGUUGUGGUAGCAGAUACAGUACUGAGGGACUCGGGAGGUGAAGCAUUUGCACCAAUACCUUUUGGAGGAAUUUACUUACCUCUGGAAGUGCCUCCCAACAGAUGCCACUGCUCACCUUUAGUCUUAGCCUAUGAUCAGGCCCAUUUCUCAGCACUUGUGUCUAUGGAACAAAAGGACCAACAAAGGGAACAAGCUGCCAUCCCCUUGACUGAUGCGGAACACAAGUUGCUACCUUUGCACUUUGCAAUGGAUCCUGGUAAAGAUUGGGAAUGGGGAAAGGAUGACAAUGACAAUAUCAAACUGGCCAAUUUGAUCCUGUCCUUGGAAGCGAAGCUCCAUCUACUGCACAGCUACAUGAAUGUAACUUGGAUCUGUAUUCCUGCCGAAUCCCGGGCGCCCCUGGCCCAGCCUGAAUCUCCAACUGCUUCUGCUGGGGAAGAUGUUCAUUCAUUGGCAGAUUCGAUGGAGUCAGACCGAGAUUCCAUCUGCAGUAAUUCCAACGUGAAUGGGAACAAAACCCAUAAAGAGAAAGAAAAAGAUAAACAAAAAAAAGACAAGGAGAAGAACCGGACAGAUUCAGUGGCAAAUAAACUCGGCAGCCUUAGUAAAACAUUGGGGAUUAAAAUCAAGAAGAAUAUGGGGGGACUUGGGGGGUUAGUGCAUGGAAAGAUCAGCAGAGGAAACUCCAAUGGCCGAAAUGGGGAGACCUGUGAUAAAGUGAAGAAGAAAGAUUCAAAUAAAUCUCGGAAAGCCAGCAAAGAAGAAUCGGUGAAUUCUGCUGGUUCCUCCCCCACUGACAAGGUGAAUGUUCUGGCUAAAUCCCCACUUGAGAAACAAAAUGAUCAGUGUAAGUAUAGCACCGAUGUCAAACUCAGCCUCAACAUAUUGAGAGCUGCUAUGCAAGGAGAGAGGAAGUUCAUUUUUGCUGGCCUUCUAUUGACCAGCCAUAGGCACCAGUUUCAUGAGGAGAUGAUCAAUUACUAUUUGACCAAUGCUCAGGAGCGCUUCAAUGCAGAACAGGAGCAGAAACGCAAAGAGGCUGAGAAAAGAGCAUUAAAUAAUUCUGUGGGCAAAAAAAUUGAGCAGGAAGCAUAUCAGAGAGGAAAGCUGGAAAGCAGUUCUCAGGAGGACUCUCUUCAAGGCUCAUCUCAAAGCCAUACAAGUCAACCGGCGUCAAAAUCAUCGGAGAGUAGUAGCCCAAUGAUAGAAAGCACUCCAAAAGCUGGAACUCUAGCAUCUGCCCACUUCAGCCACAUGCCAGCUUUGCUCCGACACAAUGUUAUUCACGUGUCUGAACUGAACUCUCAGCCAUCAAGCUAUCAAACUGACAAUCAACAGCCCAUCAUUGGGUCUCUAAAAACGUGUUCAACCUACCCACAACAUAGCCGUUCAUUGUCUUAUCAGAGCUACUGCCCCACAGGUCUGUCAGGGUUUCCUACUGUACAAACAAUGGAGCCGCUCAAGUGUUCGCUGCCUUCUGAACACAAGAGUCAUACGUAUACUAAUGGCUUUGGUACAAAUGAUGUGAGAGACUACCUGGAAUAUGCAGAUGAAGAAGCCCCUUCAGUGUGGCUGAAUGGUGACAAAACCAAAGGUAGAAACACGACUGGCCCUUCUUACUGCAUACAGCAAAACCGAUGCAAGCAGCAGACCUGCUCCUUCUACGGCCGCAUGGAGACUGAAUACUACUGUUCCUAUUGCUACAAAGAGGAGCUUAAACGCAGGGAAAGGGAAAGCAAGUCUGUUUCACCGUGAAGAUAACGUGGAUUGUUUCAGUUUGUUUCAGAGUUAGCCAAGUCCAUAAUUGCAAGUAUUUUGAUGGAGCAAUUUAAUAACUAUAGCAUUUAUUUAUAAAUUUUGAACAAUGCAGGAAGGUCAUUCAUUACACUCUGAGAAUAGCACUGAACUGGUUAGGGGAGCCGUCCUGGGAUCGGAUCUAUGUGAAUACAUUGCAAUCCUUUGAUGAAUGUCUGUGUCUCCAGGAUUGUUGCACUGGCCUAGUUGUUACCCUGGAUCCUGAGGGUACAUUGGACCUUUCCUUUCGCUACUCCCAUAGACUGUUACCAAAUAGAAGAUGGUGAUUAUUACUCCUACAUCUGUUUUUUUAUUACACUACUUCAAAAUAAUUACCAGGAGAUAAUUUGCACAUUAGUAUCCAAUGUAAUAAGUACCACAGUGAAUAUAGCAGAAAUGAAUUAUUUAUGUGUUUGUGGACUUAGAAGAUGCAUUAUGAUGGAAAUUUACAAGCAAAGAAACGUUAAAAUUGUAAUAUAGAAAUUAUUUUUAUAUUAUUUUCACAAAUAUGCUACAAAGCAAUAUUUUGCGCUUUUUAUUAAAAAACACAAUUGCCACUUUACUAGAUUAUUUAAUUGCAAUGUGUAAGUAGAAGAAGCAUACAAUAGAGUAUUAGACAUGUAUGUUUAUACGGCACUAGUGAAUUCUAUUGAGUGGCCAGAGUCUGCAUUCAUACAUUUUGAUACUUUGUACAUGCAGGUUUGUUUGAGAAAUGUUUUUUUAACCAAACUUAUUUUCAAACAUUAAUCAGUAGGGCGUCAAACAUUUAUUGUACCUCAGACUACCUGCUCCACAGCUUUGUGACGACUGCAGCAGGCUCUCAAAAAAGUAGACUGUACGCUCGUAUUCGCUCGUAUACCUGUGGAUCCACUUGGCUGGCAAUUCUCUGACUGUACGUGAGGUAGUGCAUCUAACUCCCAUGAUUUCACAUGCAGGAAUCACUAGGAUAUCGCAUUCACCUUGGCCUGUGUAUUAAUGAUGUGCUUGACUCCUGGCCUAGUUCAUACAGGAAAUGAAUCCCAGUGUUGGCAGAAGGUAUUAAUUCCCACUUCAUUUGGUGGAUUUCCUUUGUGAACAUCAAUCUAUGGGAAAACUGAUUUUGUGAGACUAGAAUAGGGAGGGAGAGAAGCCAUAUUCCGGGCUAGCAUUCCCAUUCCAGUCCCUGCCUGCUUAUAUCCCCAGGAAUGUAGUGAAAACAUGAGAAUGUAAACCAGAACAUAAUUGCUUCCUGAUUUUACCUUAUGUAACGUUACCUUGACCCUCCCCAAUCCGGGAGAGAGGGAGACAAAAUCUCCCGUAGAAGUGCAGUUACUCAGAAGUUUGUGUUACUCUUUGAGGUCUGACCAUUGUUUGAAACGUCUUCGGCUGGGAAAGGGUUACAAAUGUUUCAACAAUGAAACCUUCAUAUCUGGAGGUAAAUAAUGAUGAAAGUUCACCAUUUGUGGCAUGAUUUUUCAGAAUGGGAGCGAGCAUGGGGAACUAGCAAACCUUUCAAUCAGGAUAAAGUAUUCCUGAUGAGUGAAAAAAUCCAUUGGUUAAAACUUUGGUUAACUCACUUUAGUUUAAGUUGACUUUCAUUAAUGGAGGCCUCGCAGCUCAUCUUCACAUUUACCAAGCAACAUUCAGUCUUCUGCAAAACCUGAUUGCUAGUGUAAUCCUUAUGUAAGAACACUUAUGAAUUUGGAUUAAUAUGUGCUUUUAUCAGAGCUGCUAUGACAUUGGAGCACAGUCUCUUCUCUUGUUUGCUCAUGCAUAGUUUGACUGCUUUAUCACCACAGCACUGAAUAAUUAAACCGGUUAUUCUGUUGUGUAUCUUUCUGAAUUAAACAAAUUAACACUGUUUGGAGUAAGGUUUAAUGGGACUGACCAAUUUAUCUGUUCAUUGGAGUUUUAAAGCUCCGUUUGUUUUGCGAUAGGUACACGUUAGUGUUAUUUCUAAAACGUUAAACUGCAAACAUCUCAGCACUUUUGAAGUAAAACUCUUUCCUUUGUUUUAUUUUGUUAGCGAUUUAUUCCAGUACAUGCAGGCUAUGUAAUCUGUACAGUCUGCGUGACAUUCAGCUUCUCAUCUGCUGCAGACCUUAAAGAGGUAAAGUCAAUUAAACAAUAAAAGUAGCUCUACAGCAAA